AUGGGAAGAAGAGGGGAAAGGAGUGGAGGAGAAAGGCGGGAGGAAAAUAGAAGAAGAGGAGGAGGAGUAGAAGAGAGAAGAGGCGCCCGCACGCUCGCUCCCUGCUACCUGGCCGACCUGCGCCCGGCCGCGGGCAGCCUGGUGUCGGCCGUGGGCUGCACCGUGCUGCUGACGGCCCCUGCGCUGCGGGGCAGCCAGGCCGUGUCCUGGGAGUACCGGGCGGGCUCGGAGGAGGGGGUCAUCCUCAGCUACGGCUUCCGUCACCCCCCCAACGUGUCCCGGCUCUACGAGAAGCGCGCCACGUUCAACGAGUCCAACCUGUCGCUGCAGGUGGUGCUGCAGCACGGGGACAGCCGCCUCUACCGCCUCCGGGCCCAGGAGGAGGCCACGACCUGGUUCCACCUGCACGUUGUAGAGCCGCUGUCCCAGCCAGAAAUUGUGGGCAACUCCUGGGUGAAGGCAGGAGGCAACAUCAAACUGGUUUGCAACGUGGUGCAAGGGAAGGCAGAUGCCUACUGGUGGAAGAAAAAUGGGGAGCUGCUCGUGGGAAGUGAGCGCAUCCAGUUUGUGGAGAACACCACGCUGUGCAUCCUGCAGGUGUCCAUCAGCGACAGCGGCUACUACACCUGCGUGGUGAGCAACGCCGUGAGCCAGAAUGAGACCUCCUUCCUGCUCAAGGUCCACCACUCUGCCAAUGUGGUGCUGCCUGUGGUCCUGACCUGUGUUGUCAUCGGCUUGCUCGUAGGUGUCUUCGUCUGGUGCCAGAGAAGGGAGAACUCAUGUGACAACUGUUGGUAGAGCUGGGUCAGCCUGCUGUUGCCCUUCCCUGGUGACCCUGGUGAUGGAUACUGCUGCGAGUGCCAGGUAUCCCAUCCCAUCCCAGCCUCUCCUGGGAAAUGUUCAAGCUGCCAACCUGCAAAUGUUUUUUUUGAAAACCCUGGUUUGGGCUAUUUCUAUGUUGUCCUGCUCUUCCUGUUGUGCAUCCCCGGGGAGAGGGAUGUACCUGCUCCCUCCCUCCAUCCUCCUGGCUUCCUCCAGAGGCCUCGAUGGGCUCUUGGCUCUGGAAAGAGCCACUGUCCCCGCUGGGCAAAUCCACACUCCUGGGGCUGCUGGGAAGUGCUGCAGUGCCAGCCCUGCCUCCCUGGGGCCUCCCGGUGUCCUGCUGUGCCAGAGGUUUGCCAGGGGGCUCAG